AUGACAGUACCGUAUGUGCAUGCUUGCUUGAAGUUGUAUUUGAGGGGACUACAAAUUAACGUUCUCAUGCGUGACUUGCAUCCCGAAUUUGUUGAACCGAAGCCGUCAGCAACAUUAUCACCAGCUAUUAUCUCCAACAUAUUAUUUACGGAUAUUGUCGAAUUACAUACACUCUACAUGUUACAGAGUCUGAACAGGGUGUAUGCAAUGAGCACAUGA